AAGCUCCCGUUCCGUCUACUGUGAAUUCCAGGGCCUUUCUAUUUUUUCUCAUCAUUCAUCGAUAAAAAGAGAGGGAAAAAGAAUAACACACCGAUCGACACAAAACCGAAAAAAAAGAAUAAAAACAUAGAAAAAGAAAUGUGGUCAUUAGCGAUCUUCGCCGCACUAGCGAUAGCCCACAACGCCGUGGCGACCGAGCCCGAGGACGGAGCGACGAAUGCCGAGAAUGGAGUACUAGUCGGCCAUCUCUUCCCGGCGUGCAACGGACGUCGGGCCGGCGGCCACAAGAAGUGGUCCAUGCAGCCGGAUGUUCACUGUUUGGCGACUCCGGGCUUGGGACUGCAGGUGCUCAGCCCAGCGACCUGUGCAAACGGGACCCGGGCAAAGCUGGCCCUCUUCGCCGAUCCCAAAUGUGCGGACAGGAAAGUCACGGCAGAGAACGGACUGAUUGAGCUCUUGGACUCGGAGAUUGGCCGCCGCAGCUGCUUCUCGACCUGGAACGAGCUGAGGGUGGUUGGUGAAGACGACAUGCAAAAGAUCCGCGGCGUCGCCUUUUUCUGCGAUCCCUCCGAGCUGCCCGAAAAUCCAAAAGAGCUCGUGCCUGAAAAGAAGGAGCCGGUGCCGUUAUCGCUGUCCAAGAAGGCCUCCGUAUCCCACAACAGUUGCUGGAAUUCCAAACACGGCCCGACGGCGCCGACGUUUCUGCAUCCUUCCCCGGACACCUGCCAACGCUUGCCGGCCGGUCGCCCACUCCGCAUCGGCCAGCCAGGCGCUUGUGAGGACGGUUCACGCCCGAAACUGGCCCGGUACACAGGCGGUCGCUGCUCACCACAAGACGCGCUGCCUCUGAUCGACAUUACAGAUGACGGCGAGAUCAAGAAAUGCCUGGACUGGACCGACGGAGAUGAUGGUCUUGAGACCAGCUACGGGUUUUCCUGUGGGGGCGUCAAAGAGAUUCCGGGUCGGGGUCAAGGCCGGUCAAGAAAUCGGGGUAGUGGCAUUCUUGGCUUUGUCAUUGUGCUAUGCUUCAUCGGACUUAUAUCCAUCCUGGGUUGCGUAUUUGCUGCACUGCGCUGGGCAAGCUUGUUGGAGAGGGUUAUGGAUCUUAUCCGGGGGUCUCGCGAGGGCGCUAUCCGGCUCUGAGUUCAGGAUAGGGUUAGCUGCCAAAACCCAAUCUCCUGCAGGCAGUGGCCAUGCCAGGAGAGAGCUAUUACAGCAAGGAUUGGGAGCUUCACUCUAUACUUACACGGCGUUGAUGUACAUAAUCAAGUCUCCUAAUAUUUUACUAGUUAAUGCAGCGAUCUCUUGCUUUCAUCCA